ACUUGACUGUUACAGAACAUAUCAAUGGACGACGAACAGAGACAAGAAGACUGGCUCAACAGCAGGAAAAACAGGCUGCCCUCGUUCACUGAAGUGUUGUCGAGGAGGACGCGUCCACCUGUCGACUUAUUCAUGUUUUACCUUUUCCUCCAACGCGAGGGUGCAGAGGAUAUUCUCGACUUCUGGUUGGAUGUCCAGCAACACGAAAAUCUGUGUAGGGCGUAUUUCAAGGAUGUGCGAAAGUCUGGGCGAACCAUCAAGGAUGAUUGGCCCCAGUACUGGGAGUAUGCAAGGCGUCGCGGGUCUAUCUACGGUACAGUUGUAGGUUUGCAGCCCAAUGGUGGUGGGACGAAGCGAAGUACAGCCAGCACGGGCGAUAUGUUGACCGAGAACGAGAAACGUGCUUUAGCUACCACCGGAGACGAGAAACACGCAGGCAUGCGCUCAGUCAGCCCACGUUCACCCACCCCCAACCUAGAUGGCGCUCGUAUCGCAUCACCCAGCGAAGGCUACGAACCUCCGCGGUCAACGACGCCAUUUUCCUUGUCUGGUCGCACACCAACGCUGUUUAACAGCAGACGCGCAUCACGUGCACCAACCGUUAUCCCGCGUUCGACUGCAAUUACACGGCUCGAUCUUAUUGCCUCUGCUGAGCGCAUAUUCUUCCGCUACCUAUCCCAGGCGGGCAACGCUGUCAACUCCCAAGAAAAUCAUGAGAUAUAUCUGCCACCUUCCUUGCGCAUUCACAGUUUCCCAUUGAGUAGCACACAAGAGCCCAAGACGCAAAGUGAGCUGAGUAUGCUGGCCCAAAUCCCUGAUAUGUUCCAUGCCCAAAAAGAAUACUGCUUCCGUGCAAUGGAGCAGGACGCGUUCCCCCGAUUUUUGAGAGCUAAAGCUUUCGGGAACUUGACUCCCGUAUCAUCUCUAGUGAGGCUUGUGGUUGGAUUGAUAGUCCUGUGGAUUGGUUUGGCGGUAGGGUUCUCACUUAUAUUCCUUGACGUGCAUCCAAAAUCCAAGCGGUUCUUCCUCUUUAUCCCAUUCACGGUUGCGAUUCUAUGCCUCAUCUCUCACCAAUAUGAGCUGGAUCCCAUUCUUGUAUUCUUGCGACAGUCGGAAACAACACCGUUCCGCACGCUUACCAUCCGUGAGCCGUACGUGAAGAAACUACUCCUCGGUCGCGCAGCCUGGGUCAGCACCCUCGUGGCGGUGUGUGUUACCGCCUUAACAUUGAUCUUCUGGGCCGUCCCAGGCCAUCGACUGUAGUGGAUAUGAAGGGUUGUGAUCGCACACAGCCAGGCAAGGGGCAUAUUUGGUUUUUGGAACCCUGGAUCAUGGAGAGAUUAAGGAUAAGAGGCGCUGGUGUUUCACAGCACGGUGUAUGAUAUUUAUCAAGGGUCGCUAUUCUCGAUUAGGCACAGUUGUAGCUGGUGGUGAUCAAGUUUUUUUUAUUUGUUCGUCGUCGCCUUUUUAUUUGUUCGUUCCAGUUCUUAUCGUUUUAUCUCCAGACUCUAUUACUAUUUUAUAAAUUUUACUACCUCCCGCUCGCUCCCCCCAUACCCUCCUACGAAGAAGUCUACCAUUUUCUUGUUUGCAAUGUCAGUCCUCAGUUAUCCAUCAUACUAGUUAUCGUCGUUACCGUUCAUUUGUUGGCACCCGGAACUUCUUUUCUUUUCUUAUAUUCUCUACGACUUUUUUUAUACGUAGAACGCUAGUCUCUAUCUUUAAUGCCCCCUCCUUUUUAUGGGUCCAUAUCAUGAUUUGCCUGGAAUUGAUUAUGUGGUAGCCGAACACUACAAAUAUGAUUGAAUUGCUAUGAAUAACAAUGCUGUUGAUGA